CCGGUCGAGGUCGUGCAUGAUAUCGAUAAUGCAGUGUAUUUUGUAAGACCCGUGAGUCUAGUAAUUAGGUCGUGUAUGAAAAGUUUUUGUGGCACAAAAAAUGGCGCUUCGGAACAGCAUAAACGACAGUGCCAGGAAGAACAAACUGUCCUUCGCCAUCUUCGGCUUGGGCCGUGCCGGUGCCAUCCAUUUUGGCAACCUGGUGCGCAAUCCCCGGGCCACGAUUCGGUACGUGGUGGAAGAGAGCCGAGACCGGGCCGACCAGGUCAUGAGCCGGUGGCUCUUCGAUCAUGUCGAGGAAGGAUGCCAGGUUCUGACCGCUGCCGAAGCCAAGAAGGUCUACGAGGAUCACAGUCUUGAUGCAGUCAUCGUUUGCACAUUCACCCACACCCAUGAAGAGAUCGUCAAGAAAGCACUGGCAGCAGGUAAAGCUGUCUUCUGUGAGAAGCCCAUCACGACCCAGCUCAGUGCCACAAAGUCAUGCUAUGAUCUAGCCGAGAAACAACGCAAGAUGUUAUACUGCGCUUUCAACAGGCGGUAUGAUCCCUCCAUACGACACUUGCAGGAGCGUGUCAGAAAUGGUGCGGUGGGCCAAGUCCAGUCCAUCAAAACGUGUUCCAGGGACAGCCCCUUUCCGCCUCUGGCAUAUUUCAAGAUAUCAGGUGGUAUGUUUCAUGAUUGUGCCGUCCACGAUAUUGACGUGAUCUGUUGGAUACUGGGUCAGUUCCCGGAUGUGGUCUAUGCCCAGGGACAUUGCUUCCAUCAAGAGCUGAGCGGAAUGGAUGAUGUUGAUCAGGUGGCCAUUACGAUGAAGUUUCCCAGCGGAACCAUCGCCUCCAUCGACCUGAAUCGAGAAUCCAGCUACGGUUAUGAUCAACGCAUCGAGGUUUUUGGUUCGGGUGGAAUGUUGGAGACACGCAAUUACAGCCAUCAGGUCAACGUGGUCGGUCAUCUUGGCAACCAGGGUGCCUCUGCUGAGCCAUUGCCUCAUUCCUUCCCCCAGCGAUACGCCGAAGCCUAUGCCAACGAGUUGGACUACUUCAUUGAUUACCAACUAGGUCUUGACCCACACAUCGAAGUCUCUCGGAAAGACACUGUCAUGGCAACGAUCAUCGCCGAGGCCUGUGAACAGUCCUAUCGCAGAGGGACUCCAAUCAACAUAAAGGACAUGAUGGAAUAGUUAUAGUGCGCGCGAUGGCGCCCUCUAUUCCAUAUUUUCAUUCAUGUAUAAAUGGGAAAAUUACUGAUGACCUCCGACCUGGGGUCCCCUUAAUUUGAAUAUUCACACAUACACAAAUAGACCUUUGUAUUGUUUGUAAACAUUGAGGGCCAUUUUGUAUGGGCUUCCUUAAAUUGAAUUGAAGCGCAUAAAUUGAAGCCGUGGUUGGCAACAUAUUUUUUCCCAAAAAAAUCCUCAUGACAACUCAUUACAUAAGAAAAAGGCAUGGUUAGAAAUUAUUUUGUAGCGUUUGUCGAUAACAUUGCAUUUUCAACAAUGAAAUGAUAUUUUUGUAAUCAUUAAUAAAUAUUCUUCAUUUUUGUAGUUUUGGACCUUCCAUAGUUUGGCAACCCGUGGUUGGCAAAAUCACGCGUCGGCGAUAGAAAAGCCUAUAAGUACUGUGUUCACGCAUACUUCAGGGCUCGAAUUUCAUGAAAAAAAACCCACUAGACAGCAGGUCUAGUAACUGAAGAAUCUUACUGGACCUGAACUAUUUUUACAAGACCUGUGUCAUAAAUAAGAAAAAAAAAACAUUUUGCACUACAUGUUUGUGACAGGAAUACAACAAAAUGCUAUUUACGAGUCACCCGUUUCGUGUGUGCACUUGGCUAGUUUCCCUGGAAAAUUAGUCUAAUUCUCUUGCAGGAGCACAGCAGUCCUUCACUUAAAGAAAAUCCAGGAGAGCUAUAAAUCGCUCUCCUCAAAUUUUUGAGGAGAGCAAAUGGAUUUUAAGGAGAGCGAUUUGCUCUCCUAAAAAUCCACGGAUAAACAGCGGUGAAACGACGGUAAACAUUGUUUUUGUUUUGUUUUGAAUAUCACAAUUUAUUCAAGGGGCUGCUUUUUUAUUACUUUUUGCAUAACAAUAUGCUCAAGUGGCGUAACUUCUUUCGCUUUUGAAACUGUAAGACAAGGUUAAAUUUUUAUGUAAAAAAAAAAAAAACUAAAUGGACAUUAAUAAAAGGUU